UACUUCACAAUAAUACCCUUCAAAACAUCUCUCUCACGAUGAACACAGGUGCUUGGUUGGCAGGCAUACUUACAACAGGAGAGCUAUUUCUUUGGAAUAAAGAUCAGGACUGCUUGAAAAUUGUGCCAGCAAUCGAAGAGUCUAGGAAAGUAGUUGCGGCAGCACAAGAAUGUUUAAUGAGAUUGUACUUGUAUGUAUCUGGAGAUGGCAGAAAAGCACUAUUAACUACUCCUACAGCAUGUGUCUUUUUGUGGGAGAGCACAGAACAUGAAAAUACAUCCUCUUACAAAGAUUCUUCUGGGCGUUGGACGCAAAUUUUGCCUGAUGAGUCAGUCAUGUUGCCUUCUGCUGAAGAAAAAGAAAUUGGAGUCCAUGCUGCUUUCAUACAAAAUGAGAUACUAGGUGAUUGCUGUUUGUGCUCUUUCGUGUUUUACUCUGGAGAAUGUUUGGUGCUCACAUUUUUGGUUCUUCGAUGGCAUGAAAAUAGCUUUAAAUACGUUAGUUCUUUGCCAUACCAGGUCCAUUGGGUACAGCAGACUUGUUCUCUUGUUAAUUUGGUUCCUCGGUGUGUGUCUGUAAAGUCAAGAGGAGCUUUGCUAUGUGCGUUUGCAAGAGAUGGACUUCUACUUGCAGUAGCUGUUAAUCAAACUGAUCCAAAGGCAACUCAGAUUUUGUUUUUAAACACAUUGAAUUUUGUAACUGUUUCGGGUAGUCUUAAAGGUUGUAGUAGCAAGCAUAGCAUGGUCCCAUCCAAGUUUAUCAGAUCUUACUGGGUUGGUGAUAUGAGUUGGACUGCUGAUAGCCUUUUCUUGGCUUGCAUGUUAAAACGUGGAUCUUUGAUUUUAUUGACAUGUAUGGGUGAAUUGCUGACCUUGAUUACUUCUGGCUGCUCUGUAGAAUUUGGACCAGCAGAGUUUAUUCCAUUUCAUCCACUAAUAACAUACAGGCAGCAGCACUCUUUUUGUCAAGACUCUAGCCAGUCUCUUGGUUCUUCAGCUUCUGAAAGUGACCUUAUGAGACAGAGAUUCUCUGUUGCUUCACAUUCAAGAUUACCCUACCUCAUUGUCUCUGAUGGAUACAUGAUAACAGUGCUUAGAUUUCCUAACAACCUUUCACCAUCAGGAUUUAUAAGAUCUCUUUUGCUUGAUUCAACCCAACGGCUUGAAAAUAUCCGUCGGAACUUGCUGAACUCCAAGUCUAAAGGGCGACCUCUGUGUUUACGAUCACUGUUGUCUUUAAAAGCUAGUCUUUUAAAACACGCUCAAAACCAAAGCUCCAUCUUUUCCACCAUUCCGAAAUUCCUGGAAGAAGACACAACAGAAAUGAAUGAGAAAACCGUUGAUUUACUGGAUUAUGAAGAAGAAUCAGAUGGCGAAAAGCAGUUUUGCGAUGGCCCUUCCAGCUUCUAUAGCCAAAGAAUCCAUUCAUUUGUUGGUAAAGCUGAUCAAGGCCACUUAGAAUUUGCAUCUAUGUUUGAUACUAUUCAUGCAAAAGACAAUACUGAAGAGAAAGAUAAAUUAUCAGUGGAACUAUAUUCCAUUCAGAAAAACCUCCUUGCUGCAUGGCAGAUAGGGAUUUCAAAAAAUAUGGAAGAGAAAGAGGCAUUGCUGAACUACACAGUGAACUGCAUUAUCCAUUUUUUCAACAUUCUUCAGUUUGUGAAAUGUUCUUUGCUGAACCAGGAUGCAUCUUUAAAUAAAUCUAUGGUUUCUCACGCUCUAAGUAGCGUGUGCAUACUAGAGCAUGAAAAUUUUUUUGCGUCUCCUCAUGGUAAUAGUCUUGUGGAACUUGACUCCCUCACUGUGCCUAUUUUCCUAGUUCUUGAUGAGAGUACUACUCAGCAACUAAACUCACUGAAAUCUCUGCUUAGAGAGCCUCCUCGAGCAGUACACCAUGAUGCAAAAACAGAAAAAAG